AUGCUGACGGCACCAGUGGGCAGACUAAACUAUUUCGACAUCCUGCAAGCUCAGGGAAAGUACCAAAACCAGCCUCCAUUCCCAUUCGUAUUGGGCGCGGAAUUUGCCGGGCGCAUCGCUGCAAACUCGCCUAUUCCUCCAGGGUGCCCUUACAAGCGCGGGGAUCGCGUAUUUGGCGCCGCGCAGGGUAGCUAUGCAGACAAGGUUGCCGCAAACUGGAACCAGCUGCUACCUGUGCCCAAGAGCUUGACGUUUCGGCAAGCUGCAGGACUGUUCGUCACUUGGCCGACGAGUUACGAGGCGUUGACGGGGAGAGCCCAGCUCAAGCCUGGUGAAUGGUGUCUUGUUCAUGCUGGUGCUGGAGGGGUCGGUCUAUGCGCGAUCCAAAUUGCAAAAGCCCUCGGUGCAAAGGUGAUCGCGACAGCCAGUACGCCCGCAAAGCGUGAGGUAUGCACCAAGCACGGCAAAGCGGACCAUGCCAUCGAUUAUACGAAACCCGGAUGGCAACAAGAAGUGAUGAAGAUCACAGGCGGAAAGGGUGUCGACUCGCUCAAGUGCAUCGCCUGGAAAGGCCGAGCACUCGUGAUUGGCUUUGCGGCUGGACAGAUUGAGAAGCUACCACUUAAUCUCGUACUUCUCAAAAAUAUUUCCAUCGUUGGGACUCACUGGGGAGCCUAUGCAAAGUUUGACAAAGGUCGGCAAAAGGAAGUGUGGGCGGAUCUAUUUGCGUUGCUGGAGUCGGGAAGCAUUCAACCAGUUGUAUACGACGAACAGUUUACGCUAGAGCAGGUUUCAGAGGCUCUGGUCGCGCUGGAGCAACGAAAGACGUGGGGAAAGGCAAUCUUGACUGUUCGGGAGGAAGACGGUCAAGCUCGGCUUUAG